UGCGUGGCUCUUUGUUGGCCCUCGCGCGCGCACGCACGUACACGCACGUACACGGAGACACACGCAGGCAGGAGGCGCGCGCGCAGUUCACACGGAGGAGAGACGCUUGACUGCAGUCAAGUUGAGGACGGCAAAGUGAUGAGCAUGGAGUCGUGCUACCAAGGGGGUCCUGAGGAGUGCGAGGGUCUGGAGGAGGUUCUGGUUGCGGCGGCGGCCCAGGCGGAGGCAGGUGCAGCAGAGGCGGGCGCGGCGGAUGCGGGCGCGUCCUGGGGUGGCACUGCCACUUUGGAUGACAGCCUGACCAGCCUGCAGUGGCUGCAGGAUUUCUCCAUCGCGGGGGGCGGCGUCCCCCCUGGCCGACCGCCGGCACCCCCACACCGACACCACCCACUGGGCUGGGAGGCACCCGCCUCCCCGCUUGCGGCCGACCCGGCCUCGGCGGGCUCGCCGCUCACGCCCGGCAAACCCACAGCGGCCGCCUACAGCCGACUGCUCCCGCUGCCCGCCAUCGUGGCGCGCGGCCACUGCCCAGACGAGGUGGACUACAAGACGGACGCCGGCGUCAAGCCGCCCUACUCAUACGCGCACCUAAUCUGCAUGGCCAUGAAGCACAGCAAGCACAGCAAAAUGACGCUCGCCGGCAUUUAUAAGUGGAUCACAGACAACUUCUGCUACUUCAGGCAUGCCGAGCCCACCUGGCAGAACUCGAUCCGCCACAACCUGUCGCUCAACAAGUGCUUCAUCAAAGUUCCUCGUCAGAAGGAUGAACCCGGCAAGGGCGGCUUCUGGAAGAUUGACCCUCAAUACGCCGAACGCCUCCUGAGCGGCGCCUACAAGAAGCGCCGCAUGCCACCGGUCAGGAUCAACCCGGCGCUGCAGAGCCGGCUGGGGCGAGCUGCGCCGACGCCCAUCAGGAGCCCCGUCGGCAUUCUGCGUGCUGAUGACCAGUCUCAGCGACUCCUGCAGGAGUUUGAGGAGGCCACGGAGCAGAGCUGGGACGCCCGCCUGGCUCAGGGGACCAUGCUGGGGUCCUGGCCCACACCCGGGGGCGGCGCCAAGAGGAAGUCAGGUCGCAGGAGUGGCGAAGGCAAGACCUCCCGCCGCCCAGGCUCCCCGCUGCUCCCCACGGAUGAGCAGAAGGAGAGCGGCCCUCUCAAGGGUGACUUUGACUGGGACGCCCUGCUGGACUCGGCGCUCAGCGGCGAGCUCAGCCUGGACGCCGGCGACGCCCUGGGCCCCGUCCAAGAGGAUGAGCUGAGCGUGCCAGCCGGUGGCCCCGCAGGGGACGCGCUCGCCGAGUCCCAAAAGUCCUUCCUGGGCUCGGCCUUUUUGGAGAGCCCCUGGCUGGAGGACGAGGCAGAGCCGGAGCGCAGCGACUUCCUGUGUGGCGCCGGCGUCAAUCUGGAGCAACUGUUUGACCUUGCAGAACCCCCUGGGGACUCCCUGCUCUGAGGUCGCCUGGACCCCGCGCCUCAAACUUUUGAUACUCAUGGGACUUCAUGUUUACAUCACAUGAUUGACAUAUGACAUUUUUUGAUGUCCAUUUUUCACUUAUCCACACUCAGUGAGAUGGAGCCCAAAUCCAUGCAUCCAGCGGUCCAUGCAUUCAUCCAUUCAGCCAAUAAUCCAUCCAACAUUUAUAAUCCAGGAGAGAAAAUAUCCAUUGUCUAACCAAGAAUGGUAGAUCAUUGGUUGCAUAGAUCCCAAAAAACAACAAUCCCUCCAUCCAUGCUUCCAACAACUCUCUCUCUCUCUCUCUCUCUCUCGCUCUCUCUCUCACUCUCUCUCUCCAUUUCAGGGUGCUGUCCUAUCUGACUGGACUAAAGGCGGGUUACAUUCCAUUGGUUGCUAGCCAAUCGCAGGGUAUAUCAUUCAAAAUAUACGCACAAUUAAGUUUUUGAUCUUCAAUGAAGCUAUGCUAACGUCCACUAAUGUGACUGGGAUCAACUUCAAGUCAACAAAAAUCAUCAUAUACCAACUUCCUGCUUUGGCUCCGCCUCCUCUGGCUCAACUUCCCAUCGCAAUGGACAAAUAUCACAUUGUCAAUUGUUAGCAUUUGCCAAAUGAAGCUUUUGUGGACUUUGAAAGACAAGAUCAAAGUGAUGACGUUUGGUCAGACAAAAUGUCCCGUGACCUCUGAACACGCGUGCGGGACGUUCAGAAACGACGGAAGACAUUACAUGACUUGUGAGUUUGUUCUUGUGACAUCACUAUGACAGCAAACCUCAAGAUUGAUUGGCUCUUCUUUUUUAAUGCUAUUUUUUUCCAAACAAUAAAAAUGUCUUUUACUGCA